AUGAUUAAUCCUGUUCCUGAAAUGAUCAACUUCAUCACCAUCCGAUUCCGGACUUUGUCAGAAAAUACAUUCCCCGUCUCAGCAGUAUGCGGGCUGUGCUCAUGGUCAACAGGCCCUCGACACACCAAUGCACCUCGCCAAGCCGAUCCAGAGACUCGGGUUCUGCUAAUGUUUCUGUAUGGCUACUACCUGCAUGGGACACGUCUCGGUUGGGCAGACCAGCCCAACGGUGGUGAAAGGGAUGGUUAG